CUGUCUCUCUCUCUCUCUCAUUCUCUCUCUCUCCCUCUUCCCUUUUCUUUUCGCCAUCUCAGACGGAAAAGGCGGAACUUCAGCAAGCAGGCCACGGAGAUCCUGAACGAGUACUUCUACUCACACCUCAGCAACCCUUACCCGAGCGAGGAGGCCAAGGAGGAACUAGCAAAAAAGUGCAGCAUCACUGUGUCCCAGGGUGUAGGAACCACCAUCACAGUGUCACAGGUGUCCAAUUGGUUCGGCAACAAGAGGAUCCGGUACAAGAAGAACAUCGGCAAGUUCCAGGAGGAGGCUAACCUCUAUGCAGCCAAGACAGCGGUGACGGCAACCCAUGCCGUGGCAGCAGCCAUCCACAACAGCCAGGCCAACUCACCCACCACGCCCAACUCUGGCUUCCAGAUGAAAGAUGAGGAAUUUCAACUGGACUCUGCUGAGAGCAAAAACUCCCUUUUAACCAACAUGUUCACAGCCGGGGGAUACCAUACGCCAUGCUAUCAGUCAGACGGUCGGAUACAAUGAUGGGCUACGGCAUCCCAUGUACAGUCCUCACAGUCUAAAUGGUAACGGGGGAUGGCACGGUGCACCUACUCCCUCCUCAGUGACGUCCCCAAACGAAGGGCCAGGCAGUGUGCACUCUGAUACCUCAAACUGACCACCUCACUGAUCGUCUCUUUUCCACCUAAUAUGCUACCGUGCCCUCGACCAAUGUGACUGAACCAAACAGAGGCCAAACAGAACCAAUCACCUCCCUCGACUGAGUCUAACCCCUCCCCCCUUCACUCCAGACAAUGUCGGCCAUUUUGUAAAAUCCCAUCCAAUAACCUUCACAGUCAAGACUGAUAUGAUUGGAUACAGCUUUUAGCAACAUUUUUCUGAAUAUAAAUAUAUAUUAACUGACAGACUGACGAGUUGGGGUUCUGAAUGGGAAGUCUAGAGAAGAUAACAGUAGAUUUAUUCAAGUAAAAACUGAAGACCGUGCAUCUCUCUCAACCCUCCAGAUCUACUCUUAUGGCCCCUUUUUGUUCUCUAUUUGGCCAACUAAGACUGAAGACAACAUACAUGUGGUCCA